AUGUCUUCAAUGUCUUCAGUCUACCGUUUAAAGUGUGCCGUUCAACAUUAUGAAUGGGGUAAAAUUGGUAUUGAAAGUAAAGUGGCUCAAUUUAUUAAAGGAGUCGAUAAUUUUCAAAUUGAAGAUAAUAAACCUUAUGCCGAGCUUUGGAUGGGCACUCAUCCAAAUGGUCCAAGCAUCUUAUCCAAUCAAUCUGCUACUUCUCUAAAAGAGAUUAUAAAGUCCAAUCCCGAAUAUCUCACUCAAGGAAUUGCCAAACUUUAUAAUGAUGAUUUACCUUUUUUAUUUAAAGUUUUAUCAGUACAAAAAGCUCUUUCGAUCCAAGCUCAUCCUAAUAAAAAGCUUGGAAAAGAAUUGUUUGAAAAGUUUCCAAAGAUAUACAAAGACCCUAACCAUAAACCUGAAAUGGCUGUGGCAAUCACAAAUUUUGAGGCAUUAUGUGGAUUUAGACCAUUAGAAGAGAUAAUUUCAUUUCUUUCAGAAUAUCCAGAAUUCCGAGAGUUAGUAGGAAAUGAAGUGUCAUCACGUUUCAUACAAAUCGUUAGUGGAAAAGAAGAUUCCAAAGAUUCAGAGGUGAUUGAAUUGAAUAAGGUUGCACUCCGUGAACUCUUUACUAAUGUUAUGACAGCUGAUACAAAUUUUGUGAUAUCUAAAGUUAAAAAAUUAAUUUCCCGACUAAGUUCAAAUAAGAAUAUUCCUUUAGUAGGAAGUACUCAAGAACUUUUGAUCAGAUUAAAUAAUCAAUUCCCAGGAGAUGUAGGAAUUUUCUGCGUUUUGAUAUUAAAUUAUAUUAAAUUAGAACCGGGGCAAGCAAUUUUUUUAGGAGCAAAUGAACCUCACGCUUAUCUUUCUGGAGAUUGUGUAGAGUGUAUGGCAGCAAGUGAUAAUGUAGUUCGUGCAGGAUUGACACCUAAAUUCAAAGAUGUUUCUGUACUUGUAAAUAUGUUAACUUAUAAAUAUGGAAGUGCAAAAUCUCAAAUCCUUAAACCUACUCCAUAUAACAAUUCCAAAAAUUCAUUAUUAUAUGAUCCACCUAUUGAAGAAUUUUCAGUCAUAUUGACAAGAUUGAACCCUCAAAAUAAUAAAAGGGAAGUUUUUGAAGGAAUUGCAGGACCUAGUAUUUUAAUUGUUACAGAAGGAAAAGGUUCUUUGUUGAUUGAUAAUAAAUCAAAAAAUUUGGAACCUGGAAGUAUUUUCUUUAUUGGUUCUAAAACAUCUUUUGUAAUAGAAGCAGCAGAAGGUUGCCAGCAACUUAUUUCAUAUUGUGCGUUUAGUUCUUUGAAAUAA